AUGACCAGCAAGCGUGCAGGUGCCAUCUUUGUCAACCACGGCGCGGGGCCGUUGCCACUGCUCCGGCCUGUCUCGGACCCGGACCACGGAUCGACGCGCCGCUUCAUGGAGGUCGACACGCCAAAGCUCCUGGGGCUCGAGGAUGCGGCGACGCGGCCCCGCGCCAUCGUCGUCGUCUCGGCGCACUGGCAAGACGACCGCAUCCAGAUCUCGUCUGGCGCGUCCCACGACCUUCUCUACGACUACUACAACUUCCCGGACGAAGCGUACAAGGUCACGUACAAGGCCCCGGGGUCGCCUGAGAUUGCGCAAAAGAUCCACGCACUCCUAGCGCAGGCCAGUAUUCCAUCCAACUUGGACCCGACGCGAGGCUGGGACCACGGCACGUUUGUGCCGAUGAAGCUCAUUCGCCCGCAACAAGACAUCCCGAUCGUCCAAGUGAGCGUCGUCGCGGGCUGGGACCCCGUGUUGCACUUCAAGAUCGGCCAAGUGCUCUCGGUGCUUCGGAACGAGAACAUUGCGAUCAUCGGCUCGGGCAUGUCGUUCCACCCCAACUGGGGUACGCCCGUGACGCCCGAGACGGAAGACCAUGCGCGCGCCUUCAUCCGCGAACUCACGUCUGCGGUGCUGCAGCCAUCGAUUGUAGCUCGCGGCGACGCAUUGGCCAAGUGGGACGCGCUGCCCUUUGCGCGCGAGUGCCACCAGAAAGACGAGCACCUGAUUCCGCUUAUGGUCGUCGCGGGCGCGGGCGGUGAAGGGUCGGCACAGGCGUUUGACGUGCACAAGGGCAUGUACGAGGCGUUUGCGUGGACCUCAUUUCCCCGCCAAGCCUACGAAAUCUCGUACAAGGCGCCAGGGUCGCCAGCGAUUGCCCAAAAGAUCCACCAGCUCCUCUCCGAAGCCAACAUUGAGUCGCGCCUCGACCCGACGCGGGGCUGGGACCAUGGCACGUUUGUGCCUAUGAAGCUCAUUCAUCCGGACGAAGACAUUCCGAUUAUCCAAGUGAGCGUCGUUGCCGGCUUGGAUCCAGUCCACCACUUCAAGAUUGGUCAAGUGCUCUCGGUGCUUCGCAAUAAAAACAUUGCGAUCGUCGGGUCCGGCGCGACCUUCCACCCGAGCCGCAGCGUGGUCGAUAGCAAGCGCCGCGCGCGUAAGUUCAAUGCGGCGCUGACUGAAGCCGCCCUCGAAACGUCCGUGGCGGGCCGACGUGAGGCUCUAAAGCGCUGGGCAACACUGCCGCACGCACGCGACUGCCAUCAACGCGAAGAGCACUUAAUCCCGCUCAUGGUAGUCGCGGGCGCCGGCGGAGUUGACAAAGGCAACGCGUUUGACGUGGAUGACGGCGUCUACACUUCGUUUGCGUGGCGUGGAUAG